AUGUUGAAUGUAUUGAACGCCCCAAUCAUCACAUCACUGAGUGUUUUGAUCGUCUCUCUAGUCCUUUACUACUUCCACAACAAGAUCUCAGAGCGUGUUCUAAACAACUUCCAAACCAGCGAGACAUGGAUUCCAGAGAAUGAGCUAGUCCUAUUGACUGGUGGAAGUGGAGGCAUUGGCAGAGAGAUAAUGAAAGAGCUUUCUCGCAAGAAAGUACGCGUUGUGAUCCUCGACAUCAACCGACCGACCUUUGAGCUUCCAGAAAAUGUCACAUUCUACCAAACAGAUAUAACGUCGGCCAGAUCUCUUUCCGAAACGGGCGCUGCUAUGAGAAAGUCACACGGAGAGCCGACUGUUAUUGUGAACAAUGCUGCUGUGUUCCACCAUGGUACCAUUCUCGAAAUGCCAGAGGAGAAAUUGCGUCAGACAUUCGAUGUCAACAUUAUCUCCCAUUUCCUCAUCUUGAAGGAAUUUCUUCCGUAUAUGGUUCGUAUGAACCGUGGCCAUGUCAUUACAGUAGCGAGCGUUGCGAGCUUUGUUACUAUCGGUGAGAUGGUAGACUAUGCUUGUUCAAAAGCUAGCGCUCUUUCUUUCCAGGAGGGACUUCGGCAGGAAUUGAAAUAUUGGUAUAAGGCACCGAAUGUGCGGACAAGGUUGGUUUAG